AUGUCCGUGCCUUCACAGCAAGGAGAAACACCCUUUGACAGCUCAAGCAGGCUCAGCAUGCCAUCCAAUGCCAAUGUCAAUCAGAUAUUGCAAACCUAUUUUCAAAAGAAGGGCUUCAAUCAAGCAGAGCUCGCGUUUAUACAGCAACAGAAUAUCGCCUCUGAGCAUAGUGUCCUUUCUCUAGAGCAAUUGUCCAAGAAAUUUAGCGCAGAGACGGAAUCCAUCAAGGAAAAGACAUUGCCAGAUCACAUCAAGCUGCUGAAAGAGGAUCCACAUACCGGAGGAGGAGAUUUAGAAGCACCUUGUCUAGAAUAUCGAAGCUUGAGAGAAUGGACUUACAAUGCUCUUGAUCUGUACAAGAAUGACCUCAGCACGCUAUUGUAUCCAGCAUUUGUACACACAUUCCUCCAUAUGAUGUCCAAACAACUGGUGGAUCAUGCUGUCGAUUUCUUCCAGGACUACAAAGACGAUCACAAUGAGAACCACAGCAAAGAUUUAGACCAACUGCAGCAGAUCAAAUCAGUCAACGACAUUCAGGACAGCACCAUUGCCAAACUAUAUCUUAACAACAAGUACAAUAUCCGCAUGCCAUCCGUUCCCUUCGAGCUCUUUUUCCAAUACAUUCAAGACAACAAGUUUAUCAACCUGAUACGAAUCGUAAAUCAGUACUUGAAUAUACACAUUGUUACCAGCAAACUGUCGCCGGUGUCUGCCAGUGGAUCAGCCGCAGUGGAUGAGGGUAUUGCUGGCCAUGCGAAUAAUCAAUUGGACGACUUUCAUCAAGCAACCACUGUGACAAUAGACAGCCAGGACAAGGCGGAUGAAGACGAAAUCGAUCUAAACAAAGUAAAGGAAGAAGCUAUUUUAGAGACAAUGCAGCUGGAUGAUUUUGCUGCAGUGCCAUACCGUAGCACAGACAUCCAAGCAGAAUUAGACUCGCUCAGUGAUCUCAGAAAACGUGUGUCCCAAGGAAGCGCUGCAUUACCGAGUGUCUGCAUUUAUACCUUUCACAAUACACAUGACAAGCUGAAUUGUCUCACCAUAUCAGACGAUGCAACACUGGUAGCGGGUGGGUUUUCAGAAUCGUUCAUCAAAGUCUGGAGCUUACAAGGCAAAAGGCUACUCAGCAAAUCAGAAAGAGAGCAAGAUCAGCCAGGCACAGCGUACAAGAAACUGAUCGCUCAUGCGGGGCCUGUGUAUGGCGUCAGUUUCAGCCAUGACAACCAAUAUCUUAUCUCAUGCUCAGAGGAUCAGACAGUGCGAUUAUGGAGCCUAGACACAUUUACCAACUUGGUGUGCUAUAAAAGCCAUAAUUAUCCUAUCUGGGAUGUCAACUUUGGUCCUCAUGGAUUCUACUUUGCAACGGCGUCUCACGAUAAAACGGCAAGAUUGUGGAGUUGCGAUCAUGUAAAUCCUCUGCGUAUAUUUGCUGGGCAUUUAUCCGAUGUCAAUACUGUCCGAUUUCAUCCAAACUCCAAAUACGUGGUGACUGGUUCCAGCGACAACACAGCUAGAUUAUGGGAUGUGCAGAGAGGAACUUGCGUGCGUGUGUUUACGGGACAUACUGGACCAGUACAUGCGGUCGCUGUGUCACCCAAUGGACGACUCAUGGCAUCAGGAGGAGAGGAUCACAGCAUCAUACUAUGGGAUCUAGGCAGCGGCAAAAAGCUAAAGAGUAUGACAGGCCAUACAGGCUUUAUUUAUACCGUGUGCUUUAAUUAUGAAAGCACUGUGCUCGUGUCGGGUGCUGCAGAUGGUACAGUGCGCUCUUGGGAUGUGAAAAUGGGGACGCCGUAUGAACACAACAGCGAUUCCCCUGAUCCAAAACGAAACAAACCCAAUGGAAAGCAACAAAAUGACAAAAAGGAGAUGGAAAAGGCGAAAUCCACAACGGAUACGAGCAAAAGAAAGAAGGGAUCCAUAAAGAGCAAUGAUCAUCUCGCUGCAUUUCAUACAAAAAAUACACCCAUUUAUACUGUACAAUUUACACAACGUAAUUUAUGUCUUGCUGGUGGUGCUUUGAGUUCACCGUCUCUUGAUUUGUAA